CUCAGUCACUCAGUGCCUAUGUCACUGAAAUGUUUUAGGCGCUCGCUUCUGUUACAUUUAUUGAAUGUUUUGGAGCAACUGCACUUGCGGAGUGCAACUGCACAGUCUAUUUGGCUUUAGUAAAUUAACCCCAAAGUCCAUCGAGGGGCGGACUGACCAUUUGGAAACUCGGGCACUGCCCGAGGGCCCGGGAUGCCCCUGGUACCUUUUUCAUAGGCUUUUUGAGUUUGGGCAAGGACACAGGGGCCCCAUGAUCCCCUAUUGCCCAGGG